AUGCAAAAUCAAUUUGCAACACUUUCAACACUUUAUGACAAAGUACGCGAUGAAUACACUACGUUUAACAACAUGAAAAUUGAAACAAUUUUUGUUGACAACAAAUCACUCUCACUUGCUCAAAGACUAACUAAUACCGAAAAGUUCCUGGAUCAAAUUGAAGAAAAAUUUUUAAGAAGACAAACCAUUAUUCAGUCUUACAACAAUAUUUUAGAAAAACUUGACGAAUUAACAAAACAACUAAAAAGUAACUAUAAUGAAGUUUCGAAGCAAUCUGAAAUAGAAAAAGCUUAUGAAGUUUUCAACCUACAAAUAUUAUUGAUUGAAGAACAAUACAAAAAUAAAAUUGAACCAUUUGAAGAACAAAUCCAAAUAAUAAACAAUGAAAAGGCGUCCAUAAUAGAUGAAAUAAGAAAGAGUAAAAUGUAUAGUAUGUAUUUAAAAACAACAGAACCACCUGUUAUUAUUACUCAGGGAGAAAAAGAGAGUCUUGAAAUUUUAUUAAACCAAAAAAUAACAAAUGUUUUAUUCGAUAGUACAAUUGAUGACUGGUCACUGAACAGUUCAGUGUUUAGUGAAAGAGUUCUGAACAAAAGCAACUUGUGCGUUUUGAUAGAAGACACAAAUCACAACAAGUUUGGUGGCGUGUUUAAUGGUGAAAUUUCUGAUAUUGGCCAUUAUCAUAACGGUGGAGAAUCAUUCCUUUUUUCACUUGUGAGAAAUGGCACUUUAAAUCCGAAAAAGUUUAGAAAAAGUAACAAUUAUUCGUUUUAUGAAAUGUGUUGUUAUGAACAGAAUAGUAAAGUACUCUUUUCGUUUGGCUUUUAUGACGAUAUAUGUGUGUACAAGAAAGGCAUUGACAAGAAUUUUUGUAAACCUUGCACGUUCACUGCCAAACAAAAUGAGUUGACUGAUAAUGAUAAAUUUGUAACAAAAAGUAUUAUUAUAAAUUAUUG